UACUCCUUUCGCAGCAACGUAAGAUGAACGACGAUCGAAAAUUUUGUCGAAAAACUAACGAAAGGGAACGAAAAGACAAGUUGCGUUGAUAGGAAGAAUUGAUUGGGUCAUCCCCGCGGCAACCAAUGGCCAAACACAAAUGAAAUGGAGAGAAAGUCUGUCUAUGGGUUUCGAGACUACCCUCAGUUGCUUGACCGAUUUCCGCACGCGAUAUUCUCAUCUCGAGACGCAUCACGUACACGAUCGAAACCAACCCGAUUAUCGGUCAGUUACUUAUCAUAAGGAAAUUAACUGCAAUUUUAACGCUGUAUUUUUUUCUUAUACCCAAUAAUCAUUUCGAAUAACUUUCGAAAAAAUUGGGGAAUAAUGUAAAAGAGGAAAGACGAAUCAUGGAGGUUUUGUAACAGACGGCCUUGAAAACUGAUUAUUAUUAGAGUUAGUUUUUGUGUAUUCUGAUUCUGAAAUGAGGUUCGUGGUAUUUACGAUCGCCAUGUGUGGAUUCCUCGGAUUUUGCGGUGAAUCUGCGGUUUACGCGCAGAGAAACGUCGUGGGCAAUCGAGGAUCUACAAAGGCAAGAGCUGUUAAUCUUUAUCUUAUUAACGAUGAAGCCAACAAAGUAGCAAACAGUAGCAUAAAUGCUGCGUUAGAGACAAUCAAAGAAAAAUACCCGAAUUAUUUGGGCGAGGUUUGGAGCAUUCAAGUGAAUGAAUCUGACGUCAACGAUACUCUCGAUCGUAUCUGCAAACCUUGGGAUUCGGCUGUAAGAAAAGGAGGAACCAGAGUUCCAGAUUUAGUGAUAGACACGACGACAGCCGGUUUAGGGGCCAAGAUAUCUAACUCAUUCACAGCUGCUUUGGGAAUCCCCACGUUAUCCGCUCAAUACGGUCAAGAAGGAGAUCUUUUAUACUGGAGGAACUUAAACACAGACCAGGAAUCCUAUUUGAUUCAAGUGAUGCCUCCGACAGAUUUAAUACCAGAAGCAAUCAGACAAUUGUGUAUUCAGUUAAACAUAACAAACGCUGCGAUUCUGUACGAUCACAAUUUCGUUAUGGAUCAUAAAUAUAAAAGUCUGCUGUUGAACGUGCCAACAAGACACGUGAUCAACGAAGCUUCUCAGCAAGUAAUAGAAAUGAAAACACAGUUACCUCGCUUACGAGAUUUGGAUAUAGUGAACUAUUUCAUUCUUGGUGACGAGCAUACCAUCGAUAUAGCUCUGGAAGCGGCAGAAGCUUUAAACUUUACUGGCAAAAAGUACGGUUGGUUUUUAUUGACUCCGGAACUUAACGUUUGGCCGAGAUGCGAGUGUAGAAAUAUGAACAUCCUCUUCAUGAGGCCAGAAUUUAACAAGAAAAGCCCAAUAGAUUCGUCUUUGUCAAAACCGGUUAUUUCUUCCGCAUUUUAUUAUGAUUUAAUACAAUUAGGCGUCCGGGCAAUGAAAUCAGCCUUGGAUGACGGAGAAUGGCCAGUAGAACCUAAGCAUAUCACAUGUGACGAAUAUGAUAAAACUAAUACCCCAGAGAGGAAGUUGAACUUUUUUAAUAAGUUAAAGGAAACUUAUAGAAACAUGACACCAACUUAUGCUGGAAUUAAAUGGGGAUCGAAGAAUGGAGAACAUCAGGCCAAGUUCGAAAUGUCCAUUCUUUUAGUGGACAUAAAAGAUGGGAUUAUUUCAAACACUAUCGAUAGCGGAUCUUGGAACGCGAGCAUCUCCUCACCAUUGCAGAUAACGAACAACGACGUGAUGAAUACCACAGCGGUGAAGAGCUACCGUGUAGUCACCAUAAUUCAUCCACCAUUUGUAAUGUACAACGAAGAAAACGGCACGUAUUACGGUUUCUGCAUCGACUUGCUGGACGAGAUUAAAGACACGGUAGGCUUUCAAUACGAAAUACGUGAAACGGAGGACAGACGAUAUGGAAGUUUAAAUCCGAAUGGGAGUUGGAACGGAAUGAUGAAAGAGCUGAUCGACAAACGAGCCGAUAUCGCUCUAGGAUCGGUGUGGGUCACAGCGGAAAGGGAAAGGGUAGUCGAUUUCACGGUGCCUUACUACGAUCUGGUCGGUCUGUCCAUCAUGAUGUUGAAAACGAAAACAACCAGCUCGUUAUUCAAAUUCCUCACGGUAUUGGAGAACGAGGUCUGGUUCUGUAUCCUAGCCGCUUACCUCUUUACCAGCGUCUUGUUGUGGAUCUUCGACCGUUGGUCUCCGUACAGCUAUCAGAACAAUCGAGAAAAGUACAAGAACGACGACGAAAAGAGAGAAUUCAAUUUAAGAGAGUGUUUCUGGUUUUGUAUGACUUCCUUGACACCGCAGGGUGGCGGAGAGGCUCCGAAAAAUCUUUCUGGACGGCUGGUCGCUGCUACUUGGUGGUUAUUCGGAUUUAUAAUCAUUGCGUCGUACACGGCGAAUUUAGCUGCGUUUCUGACAGUGUCCAGGCUAGAAAUUCCAAUCGAAACGUUGGAGGAUCUCAGUAAACAGUAUAAGAUUCAAUAUGCGCCGGUGAUAAAUUCUUCGGCUUAUAUUUACUUCAAGAGAAUGGCUGCCAUUGAAUGGAAAUUCUACGACAUCUGGAAGGAAAUGAGUCUUAAUGAUAGUUUGUCAGAUGUAGAGAGGGCAAACUUGGCAGUGUGGGAUUACCCUGUCAGUGACAAAUACACGAAAAUGUUGCAAGCCAUGGAAGAGGCUGGAUUUCCAGCUUCCACCGAAGAAGCGCUACGACGAGUUCGGCGUCUUGAUUCGAAUAACGAGUUUGCUUAUAUAGAAGAUUCAACGACCAUUAAGUAUCUUACUAUGACGAACUGUGACCUGAUCCAAGUAGGCGAAGAUUUCUCGAGGAAGCCUUACGCGAUCGCCGUUCAACAGGGAUCGCCGUUGAAGGAUCAGUUUAACAAUGCAAUUUUGAUACUACUAAACAAGAGGAAAUUGGAGAAAUUAAAGGACACAUGGUGGAAGAAGAACCCUGAGAGAAAAGACUGCGACGCAGAAAACAGUCAAAGUGACGGUAUAAGCAUCCAAAAUAUAGGAGGAGUAUUCGUUGUUAUAUUUCUAGGUAUUAUUUUUGCUUGUUUCACUUUGGCCUUUGAAUACUGGUACUAUCGACACCGUACGAAGAUCACCAAGAUUAAUCUAAACAGCACAACCAAAGGGAAAGUCACACAAGUAAAACCACUUAGAUUCGACUUACAGCCGGCGCCUACGCACGGUUUUCAGAAUAGCCAACUCAGACCAAGAUUUUAAACGUGUCUGUGAUAAAAAAAAAAAAAAAGAUAUUCAUGAAUCGAUCAUCGUGUAUUACAGAUAUAUCACCUGAAUGUUAAUAUUCACCGUUGGUUAAUGUUCGAUAAAAACAUAAAUAGACGAUAGACAAAAAUACCUAAAAAAUUAACAAUUUUUUUAUUACAGAAAAAAGUCUGGACCAGAAUUAUAAAUGACAUAGAGCUUCAGCGUUUGCAAUGCCUUUAUUUGGUUACUCCCUUUGCGUACAUUACUUCGCGCAGAGAAUACAUAUUCGGAUAUUCUUUCGUUUCUUUUCCCUUAUAUUCCGUUCACUUUCUUCGCAUCACAAUUCACGUACAUUGCUUGUUAUUUUAACUAACCUUCCUCGCGACGUCUUCUUAACAUAUCACCAUUUUUUUCUUCUUCUUCUUCUUCUU